CUUUGUUCGUGGGCAGUCGUCGCCGCUGUUCUCGCCGCUGAAUUGCCGUCGUCGAUCCGUCGUACCGCUUUGCGUUUUGCGUUUAGCGUUUAGCGUUUUGCGCCUUGCGCUUCUGCGUUCUUGCGUCGAGCUGAGUGAUCCGUCGCGGACUAGAAGUGAUUCGUUGUGAUCCGAUCUGAUCCGAUCUGAUUUGAUUUAAUUUGAUUUGAAUUGAUUCAAUUGAUUCGCAACACAGAGUUGAAAAUCGUGAAAAUCGACAAAGAAUAUGCACAGCCAGAGAUCGAAGUGAUACAAGAAAGCAAUUCCGAGUGAGUUGAGUUGCUAACAAGUUGAGUGUCAGUGCUGAGAAAAGUGCCUCCUCGCCAGCUGAAAGGAUUUACGCGCUCGACAGUUCCGCCAAACUGAACUGAAGCCAAGACAUUGUGUCCUAGCAAUACCACAACUCCACAAGUCCACAAGUCCACCAUCCAACCACACACACUCCAACUGUGCAAGUAUAGCUGAUCAUUGCCAUCGGAUCGCUGCGAACUUCCUUCCCGCGCGCAUCCCCCUGAACAGCCGUCAAAAUUCUUGAUAAAGUGGCCUCAAUAGGCGCCAACACGCUCAAUUUCACGGACCUAGGGAGCCCCUACGAGGGGCCUCCCAGCACCCCCCAGUCCGGCAUGGACGCCCCCGACGCGCCGCACACGCCCAAGUACAUGGACGGCGGGAACACGGCGGCCAGCGUCACGCCCGGCAUCAACAUCCCCGGAAAGUCCGCCUUCGUGGAGCUGCAGCAGCACGCCGCCGCCGGGUACGGCGGCAUCCGGAGCACCUAUCAGCAUUUCGGACCGCAGGGCGGCCAGGACUCCGGCUUCCCCAGUCCGCGCAGCGCCCUCGGCUACCCGUUCCCGCCAAUGCACCAGAACUCCUACUCCGGCUACCACCUGGGCAGCUACGCCCCGCCCUGCGCCAGUCCACCGAAGGAUGACUUCUCCAUCUCCGACAAGUGCGAGGACUCCGGCCUCCGCGUCAACGGCAAGGGCAAGAAGAUGCGCAAGCCCCGCACCAUCUACAGCUCGCUGCAACUGCAGCAGCUCAACCGCCGCUUCCAGCGCACCCAAUACCUGGCCCUGCCGGAGCGGGCGGAGCUGGCGGCGAGUCUGGGCCUCACGCAAACGCAGGUGAAAAUCUGGUUCCAGAACCGACGCUCCAAGUACAAAAAGAUGAUGAAGGCGGCCCAAGGCCCGGGCACCAACAGCGGCAUGCCCCUGGGCGGCGGAGGACCCAAUCCCGGCCAGCAUAGCCCCAAUCAAAUGCACAGUGGCGGUAAUAACGGCGGUGGCUCGAACAGCGGCUCACCCUCACAUUAUCUACCUCCCGGACACAGUCCAACGCCAUCGAGUACACCCGUGUCCGAGCUUUCACCUGAAUUCCCACCAACGGGCCUCAGUCCGCCGACGCAAGCGCCGUGGGACCAGAAACCGCACUGGAUCGACCACAAGCCGCCGCCCCAAAUGACGCCACAACCACCUCAUCCAGCGGCAUCGCUCCAUCCGCAGACGCACCACCACAACCCGCCGCCCCAGAUGGGUGGCUAUGUGCCCCAGUACUGGUACCAGCCCGAGACGAAUCCAUCACUAGUGACUGUCUGGCCGGCGGUCUAACAGCAUCCGAACCAGCUGCCCUCGGGUGCCUGGACGCAGCACCAGCUGAGCCUGGAGCAGCAGCACCAGUCGCUUCACCAGCACUCCUGCCAGGAGCUGGGGCACCAACUGCAGCUGGA